AUGUCCAACCCACAAACCUCUCUCCACCACCACCACCACCACCUGCCGCCUCUCAUUAGCCGCAACCGCGAGUACCACAAAGGCAACUGGACAAUCCAAGAAACUCUCAUCCUUAUAACUGCCAAGAAACUUAGCACUGAACACCUGCGUACCACCGCCAACCUCCGCUGGAAUUGGGUGGAGAACUACUGCUGGGCUCACGGCUGCCGCCAUAGCCAGAAUCAAUGCAAUGACAAAUGGGAUAACUUGCUUCGUGACUAUAAGAAACUCAGUACCCACCAACAGUCAUACUGGCAAAUGGACAAGCACCAGCGGAAACUUCAUAAUCUUCCUUCUAAUAUGUCCCAAGAAGUUUUUCAAGCACUUAAUGAGGUUGUUCAAAGGAGACAUAGAAAUGCAUCUCCACAACAAUUGACCUUCCGGCCAUAUCCUCCGGCACCGGUGGGUGGUUCUGGGACCCAUGUUUCAGGUGAGAAAAGCGACUCCAAUUCAAAGAGGAGAAGAGUUAAAAAUAUAAGCUCCAGCAUCGUUCGUAGUGCUUCAAAAUUGGCUCAAACCCUUAAAAGAUGCGACGAAAUGAAAGAGAAACGACACCAACUAUUCAUGGAGAUCGAACAACAUAGGCUGCAAAUUGAAGAAACUAGAAAUGAAGUUGAACGCCAAGAAAUCGCCAACUUUGUUGAGGCCAUUAACAAUCUUUCUGAUUCUAUUCACUCAAUUAUUUCCGAUUAUAAUUGA